GUCGGUCGAACGGCGGACAGGACAGGAACGAGGAUCCGUGGACGGGACGGGAAGCGAAGCGAAGAGUCACGGGAAAGACCGGUUGUCCCUGACUAGAUUCCGCAGGGGUACGGGAGCUGAAGAGGGUCUUUUUACGGUGACGCCUCUUGCUCCUACUAUUGCCUGGGAUGUCACAUAGGAAAGCAGUAGCAGAUAAGCACACCUACCGCCUCUGGGUAUUGCCACGCCCGUAUAUGUCCCAGCCCAGUGGGAGCUAUAUAAACCUGGAAGAACCACUACGUGUUCUGGUCUUUCUCUGCACGCUUGUGUCCUCCCUUCGUCAUGGCUUUUGUAGCACCACCGGGAUACCAGCCCAUCUACAGCCCCACUAUCCCAUAUGUGGGGCCCAUCUAUGGUGGUCUGAGACCUGGUAUGUCCAUAUAUAUUCAGGGACACAUUCCUCAUCACAUUUCCAGGUUUCACAUCAAUUUGCAGUGUGGUGAGAUGGAAGGCUCUGACAUUGCCUUCCACUUUAAUCCACGAUUUGACUUCUGGGACAAGGUGGUCUUCAACACGUUCCAAAAUGGCAUGUGGGAAGGGGAGGAGAAGAUCCACAAUAUGCCCUUCCACAAGGGCAAGAACUUUGAGACGGUCAUUGUGGUCAACUUUGAAGGCUAUCAGGUGAACAUCAAUGGUCAGCAGUUCUACUUCUACCAGCAUCGCAUCCCAGUCGAUAGGGUGUGUGCCCUGGAAAUUGGGGGAGAUGUCACCAUCCAAACCAUCAACAUCACCGGGGGUGCCAUGCAGGGGUAUCCAGGAGGGAUGGCUGGAGGAUUCCCAGUUGGUGGAAUGCAAGGCAUGUGUGGAGGAGUGGGAUACCCAGGACAAGGAGGAAACUUGCCAUGUGGGGUGCAAGACUUUCCUGGAAUGGGGGGAGGAAUGGGAUACCCAGGACAAGGAGGAAACCUGCCAGUUAUGGGUGGCAUGCCAAUCUACAACCCAUCCAUUCCCUAUGCAGAUAUGAUUCCUGGUGGCAUGACACCUAAAAGGACCAUUGUAAUCAGAGGCAUGGUGCCAUUUGGGGCAAGAAGGUUUGCUGUAAAUUUCAUGGUAUCCGGUACACGGGACAUUGCCUUCCACUUUCACCCACGACUAAUGGAGGGAGUGAUCUUGAGGAACAGUUUCUACGAGGGCUGCUGGGGUGAGGAGGAGUUGGAAAUUGGCUACAAUCCCUUCUUGGAAGGGCAAUACUUUGAGCUCUCUAUACGCUGUGGCAACCGACGGUUCAAGGUCUAUGUAAACGGAGAGCAUCUGUGCAACUUCCAUCACCGCUUCCAACCCUUUGGCCAGGUCAAUAUGCUGGAGAUAGAAGGGGAUGUGCAGCUCUCCUACAUCCACUUCUGAUACAUUGUCACCUCUAUCCACAUUGGCCCACCAUGAGCGCAGUUCUUGGGAUGCUAAUAAAUAUGGGCUCUCUGUGCUCAUGAAUAUGUGGGCUACAGGAUAACUUUUGUCAUGAGUACAAUUUUAUAAUGGUAGUCUUUUUUUACAUCAUUUAGACUAACACA